AUGGCCAUAACAGAGCUCCUCCUCCCAACCUUCAAAACAGACCCUUCGUCCAUCGCAAACUUUGCAUUCCAAGCCCCAUCGCUCUUCGCGCACUUCCGCGGCGUCCGCGGUCUGCAAUCAUUCUUCCGCGGACGGAUUGUAGCGGAAAAUGGUGAGGCCGUUGAUGGCGAUAGCGGUCGCGGCGUCCUUAUCUUGGAAUGGGAUGACAUCUCCUCCUUCCACUCUUUCUACCCGGACUCCCCGACGUUUCAGGCGUUUCUUGCCGUCGCGAAACAGUUUGUUACGGAGAGGGAGUAUCCUGAGCUUUUUGGGACUAUUACGUCUUCAGUUCCGUGUGCGGAGGCGAGUGUUACGCAGAUUGUUAAGGUUCUUGAGGGGCCGGAGACGGAGGAGAUUUGGAACAGGCUAAGAGCGCUUCUAGAGGGUCAGGGGUUUGGGGCGGGGGGCUUUUCGAGUGCGCGGGGGAUUGAGGAGCAACGGGGUUACUUUUUGGGGAUGGUUGGGUGGCAGAAUUUGGAGGACUACGAACGAUCGAGAACAAGCGUUGAUGUUGUUGGAGCUCUUAGGGAGCUCGGUGCUGGCGGAGUGAUCCUUGAUUUAGUCGUCCAAAUGGAGCGUAUUGCUGUCUAG